AGGAGGCCGCCGGUCCGGCUGCCCAUCGCUUCCUGCCAGCAGCCGCUCAUGGCGGUGCCUGCAGCUCGGCCUGUGCGUGUGUGAGGCGCCCGCCCGUCGCCGCCAUGACCGAGGAGCUGUACGAGAAGUUCUUGGCCCCCGACGAGCCGUGCCCGCUCCUCUCGCACCAGCACCCGCCGCGGGGCGGGAGCCUGAGCGAGGAGGGGUGUCUGGAUGUCAGUGACUUCGGUUGCCAGCUCUCGUCCUGCCACCGCACCGACCCGCUGCACCGCUUCCACUCCAAUAGAUGGAACCUGACUUCCUGUGGAACUAGUGUAGCCAGCUCAGAGUGCAGUGAGGAGCUGUUCUCCUCGGUUUCAGUUGGUGACCAGGACGACUGCUAUUCUCUGCUGGAUGACCAGGAGUUCACCUCUUUUGAUUUGUUUCCUGAAGGCAGUGUCUGCAGUGAUGUCUCUUCCUCGAUCAGUACAUACUGGGAUUGGUCAGACAGCGAGUUUGAAUGGCAGCUGCCUGGCAGUGACAUUACAAGUGGGAGUGAUGUACUUUCUGAUGUUAUACCUAGUAUUCCAAGCUCUCCAUGUCUGCUUCCGAAAAAGAAAAACAAGCAUAGGAAUCUUGAUGAACUUCCAUGGAGCGCAAUGACAAACGAUGAACAGGUUGAAUAUAUUGAAUAUUUAAGUCGCAAAGUCAGUACAGAGAUGGGCCUUCGAGAGCAACUUGACAUUAUCAAAAUUAUUGAUCCUACUGCUCAGAUAUCACCUACAGAUAGUGAAUUCAUUAUUGAACUAAACUGUCUCACAGAUGAAAAAUUGAAACAGGUGAGAAACUAUAUCAAGGAACACGGACCUCGUCAGCGAUCUGCAAGGGAAAACUGGAAGAGGAGUAGCUACAGUUGCGCCAGUACCAGUGGUGUGAGUGGUGCCAGUGUCAGCAGCAGCAGUGCCAGCAUGGUCAGCUCGGCAAGCAGCAGUGGUUCUAGUGUUGCUAAUUCUGCUUCAAAUUCAAGUGCCAACAUGAGUCGAGCGCACAGCGAUAGUAAUUUGUCUACAAGCGCUGCAGAAAGAAUCCGGGAUUCAAAAAAACGUUCCAAGCAACGGAAAUUACAACAAAAAGCCUUACGCAAGAGACAGCUGAAAGAGCAAAGACAAGCUCGUAAGGAAAGACUGAGUGGAUUAUUUCUUAAUGAAGAAGUGCUCUCUUUAAAAGUGACUGAAGAGGACCAUGAAGGAGAUGUGGAUGUUUUAAUGUGACAGGGGUGAAUUUUAUCAGUGUUCUUUCUAAGCCUUAAAUGUAUUAUUGUUUACAUGUAUUUCUUGACCAAAUUUUGAUUAAUGUGAACAGUAUAAACCAGGUCUUUCCUCAAGUGUAAUUUUUGCAAGCUGUUCUAAGAGUUGAGUAACUUCAGCUUUUUGAGACUUAAUUUUGCAACUAAGACUUCAGAAACUUAAUUGACUUCUGAAAAGCUGCUGAAUAGAUAGUUGUUACAGAAAACUGAACUUGGCUAACAUGCUACUUUCUUGCAAGGCAUAUACCUAGGGAUGCUUUUGGAUGACACUAAGUCUGCAGUUCUAUAUUCCAGUCUUUUUUUAUUUUCACUUAGUUUGUGUAAUUAAACGUGGCUGCUUUUGUCUCUUUCUUUCCUGUUAGGAGAGUUGUUUAACCUGGGGGCGAACAGGGAGGUAGUACCAAACAGACUUUAAUUCUGUAAGACUUUCUUAAGUCUUUCUGUUGGAUCGUACAAAAUCAGAAUACUGUGAUGAAUCCCAUUUCUAGUAGUUACUGGUUACCUCGAACUGCACAGAAAGUAAGAAGCAAGACUUCCAAAGCCGGAAAUCUGUAUACAGAAAUUAUGCUUAAUUGUAGAGUUGUUUAGGAAGCAGGUAGAUUAAAAUAAAUAAAUAAAUAAAGGCAAAAACAUACAAUUUGCAAACUUAGUCUUUAAAAAAUUAUUUGGCUGCUCAGUGUCUUAGUCUGAUCAAUAGGAAAGGUCGGCCAGUACAUCCCAACGAUUGCUGUAAAGAGAUUCAAAUGAAAUACCUUUAUGCAUUAAAAGUGCGUUAAUCUUUAAUAAAGUUGUCUAGGACGCUUCUUUGAAUAGUUAAAAAUGCUACUGGAAACAGAUUUGUAAACAAGAGGCACAAAGCUUUGGUGUCUUCUUUAUUUCUAAACUUAUGUCUAAAUUAAUUAAUUUCAUAGGCAAGAAAGCUUAGGCAUAGACACAACUAUGUCUUUUCUUAUUAUAUGCUUAUAAUCCUUUUGCCACCCAGCUGAGGAUGAGUCUUCCAUGUGGGCUGUUGCACUGUUCCAAAUGUGUUUUGGAAUCCUGCUUUUGAAGUAUCUCUUAAAAAUUCAGAUUUACAGGUAGGGAGGUAAAAGUAGUUUUAGCCUGUUUCCCCAUUAUUUGUAAAGCAACUUCUGUCCUUACCUUGGAACCACUGGCUACAAUAUUCUUUCCAUCAGCACCUGAGAUAAAAUUGAUCCUUCUAAAUUUCAGUGUGAAACAUAAGGGGCCAUAAAAGUAUUUUCUAGUUCUGAGUUCAGGAAGGUGAUUUUUUUAAUUGCUCUUUUUUUAAUCCUGAUGCUUUACGGCUUUCAUUUUGCUGUCAUUAAUUAAUGAGUUCAGUGUGGUCACAGGUGCCUGUAAAUGCAGCAUAUGGCCCAAUCCUGCAGAAUCGCACAAUCCACUUUAUAUAGGUGUGGGGCGACUCACUCACUCAUUCUGCAUGUCUUAUGCACACUUGUUUGCCAUGACAGCUAAAGUAAGUUAAUUUUAGAGGUGGCAUUCCCUAUAGCCCUGAAAUACAAGGUCAGCAAAAUAUCUGAACAAUGACUUCUGAAAGGGUUUCAGUGAGAUAAAAGUGAGGUCCAUGAUCUAGUUACUAGUACAUGUGGAAUUUGCCACUCUCGUUGACUUGGCCACUGAUAGAAAAGUAUCAUUUUAAACCUGGAUGUUAGCUACUUGGUAUUGCUCAUCAUUCAGCUGCUAACCAGAAGUGACUGUUUCCCGUCAGUAUUCACUUGCACUGCACUAUAACUGAUUGAUACCUCUCUUCCUUCUGUAGAAACAGUGCUAAAAACUUUUUAGUGGCGUACAAAGGUGCAGUGCCUCAUGAUGGUGGAGUUUGCAGAUGUUGAGAGCUGAACCCAUUUGUUUUGAUGAGAUACCUGCCUGCUAGAUUCCUGAGGUUAUUAAAUGAGUGAAGACUGUGUUUUCAGCUUGAUCUUAAGUGAAUAUAAGUUAAUCCAAAUGAUUACAUUGUUCUAAUUAUUCACCUGCUGUAUUGGAAAAAAGUUCCCAGGUGUCAUGGUAGCUGGUUGGGGUAGUUCAUCUCCAGCUGGGUACUUCCCUUGCUUCAGUUCAGACAAAUGGACAGAGAAAUGAAGGUUUACAGGGGUGCCAUAUAACUUACAGCUCUGUAAUCUUGCGGUUCCGGAAUGAUUUUAACCUAAGAAUACGAAACUAGGAAUGCUCUGAUCAGAACAUUCAUGACUUCUUGCUUACCUCUGUGCGGAGUACUUGGCAUCUCUGAGAACGGCACUAGGAAUAGCUGUGGGAUUCAGACUGUAUCACAAACUUAUACACACACUUUGUUUUUUUGCAUCCUUCUUAGUUUCUAAAGACACCUAAUUUUGAGUAGGGGUGAGUGGAGAGGUGUUUUAUUUCAGAUUCUGCAAAAUACUGUAUGCUUAAAAUUUGUAUUGGGUUCCUGUUGCAUUACUCAGUUGAAACUGUUGUUAAACCUCAUCUUGCUGAUUCAAGUGUAAACAAUUAUAGCUGGUGCUGCUUUGUUUUACAGGAGGCUAUCUACAGCUUGCUGGGUUCAGAUAGAUGCAGAACAACAACGGACUGUUAAAAUUCAGACUUAUUUUGUAGUGUGUUUAAAAACAACAACAAAAUUGUACUUUUCCUUCAUUGAAGGAAAAUGUCACCCUAAAAAGCAGAAUAGAGAGAGACACAGGAAAAAAACAACAGCAAAACAGCAAUGGAUGUAUUGCUCCAUGGUACUGAAGCUGUGUAACUAUGUGCUUUGUACCCACUGUAAUACAAAUGUAAUUAUUUAAGCUGUGUAACAUUAAUGAUUUGCUUCCAUGGUAACUUUUUCUCUAAAAAGGCUUAGAACGAGCACUGAAAGUCUGAUUGCAAUAAGACUGUAAACAAUAGAGAACAUUCUUUUCUAACAUAAUUUUAACUAUAAGGAAGAAAGCUAGCUGCCUGACAAACCUGUCUGAUCUGUGUGUGUAUCUAAUAUCGCCCUUUGUCUCUGUCAAGACAUGGACUGUUUUUCUUUAUGUGGGAAGCCGAUUAAAUGAUGGUAUGCUGAGCAUGGGGUGCUUUCUAAGACGAGCAGUCAAGGUGUUGGGCAAGGCUUUCCUAGGUUUAACUUUUAGUUCUCAUACUGUGGUUUGAUACCUGUGAAGGUCACAAUCAUUCUCUGGGGGAAGAAUGGAAAAAAACACACAACUAUUUGAAUUUAUUCAUGUGCAUUUACAAGAGAGCACAUGUAUCAUAUAGAAGCAUAUAAAAUGGCAAUAUUUACUAUUCAUCUAUGCUGAAUGGCCUAAAGCCAUUUCUUUUUUCUUAACACUCUGAGCUUUGAAUUCAGUUGAUGCGUUGGUCUAUAAAUACUCAUAAACCUGACUGUUCUGGAGGUUCAUUCUUAUAAGCCAUUUUUUUAUGGCUGUUAGAUUUAUUGGUUUAAAAUUCUCGAGCUUAUGAAUCUUGCAGUUUUUGGGUGCAGAAAGGACCUAAUCAACACGCCGUUUUCCAUUUAAGGUUUGCGAAGUUAAAUUAUUAAUCUACCAAAUGCAAAUGUUCAUACUAUUCAAAGCUUGUCUGUUUUGACGCUUAACUCUGAUCAAUCAUACUUGCAUUCACUCUCACCUGGCUAACUUUAAGAGAUUUCCAAAUUAUAAAUAAAUUCUUCUAUUAAAGAAAGUGACGUUGAAGCCUUGAAUACAGUUAAUAACCAAAGCAAGGAGAAAGUGAGUUUUUUCUUUGGGGUUUUGGUUUUUGGUUUUUGGAGUUGGGGAUUGAGGUGGAUGGUGUAGUUUAAGUGGUACUGCUUAAAUUGAGGCUUUUUUUUCCCUUUUUUUUUUCAGGUUCUUUACUAAUUUUACUGCUAAAAUGCACUUUUGUAUAGAGAACUGUUUUAUGUACAUUCUGUAUCUACUUUCCACAAUGUUUAUAGAGAUUUUUCUGAUGGAUUUUACCAGUUGCCAUGCUGAUGACUGAUGCUGUUUACUUCAAGUUUUUGUUGUAUCUGAAAAUAGUCAUGUGCAUAUUGGAAUACAGGUUGGAAUUAAAACUAAUGGCGUAGCAAAGUUAUUAAACUAUGUGAUGUCUUGUUCAGAACAGGGUUAUUCAUCCGUCGGGAUUAUGUAUUCACUCUUCAUGGAGAAAGAAGUAAAAUGUACCGGGUGAACUCCUUCUUUGAAGAAGGCCAACCAGACCCUCCCUAACUAAUGUAGUUUGACCAUAAAACCUGACCAGAAUCAUUUCUUAGGGGAAAAAAAAUUACAGAUUAUAUAACCCAAGAUUUUGUAUUGAAAACUGUCUCUUUUGUUACUGAUUUUUGUGCCAGAGGAUUUUUGGAAUAUAUACUGUAUGAUAUGUAGCUGCAAGCCUGGAUGUAGGAAACCUGAGCACUUCUGUUGCCAGCAAUAACUGGAUUUUCUCCUGCUGUCAUCCUCAGUAUCUGUAGUCAUUAAGCUAUCACCUGUCCUGUAAUAUUGAAAAUCCCUAAUGAGACUUCCUUAUAAACUCAAAGCCUGUUGUGCUCUUAAA